UGGGAACGUCCUUCCAGGACCCGCGCGCCCCGUGUGGUUGGGAGGAACUUCAUUGUUCCGGAGCCUGUAAACAGAGAGGAAGUGACGUUACUGACAACAACAACAACAACAACGUCGGUAAUAAUACCUAGAAGCCGCAGUUGUAGGUUAUUCUGAAGUCCAGAUCUCUUCAAAGACUGCUUGACUGGUUGGAAAUUAUGCUAGUAAACCACUACCAACUGGAAACCAUGAAGCAACAUUUUACAUAGUUGAGAUUUAAAUCAUGGCAUCUUCAACAAAUCUAGACGUUGGGGCACAGAUAAUUGUGGAAGAGUGCACCAGCAGCUAUAGUCUGUCUCGCAUGACAGACAUUAAAGUAGAGCAUCAGCUUGACUCCACCACAGAAGAAGGCCCAGCUCAGAGUGUCGCCAUGGGAAUGAAAUUCAUUUUGCCUAAUAGAUUUGAUAUGAAUGUCUGUUCUCGGUUUGUGAAGUCAUUGAAUGAAGAAGAUAGUAAAAAUAUUCAAGACCAGGUCAACUCUGACCUUGAAGUGGCGUCUGUCUUAUUUAAAGCUGAAUGCAACAUCCAUACUUCCCCUUCUCCUGGAAUUCAAGUAAGACAUGUCUACACUCCAUCAACAACUAAGCAUUUUUCGCCCAUAAAACAGUCAACUACUUUAACUAACAAACAUAGGGGAAAUGAGGUCUCUACAACACCUCUCCUUGUAAAUUCUCUGUCAGUUCACCAGCUGGCUGCUCAAGGGGAAAUGCUUUAUUUGGCCACACGUAUUGAACAAGAAAAUGUAAUCAACCAUAAAGAUGAAGAAGGUUUUACCCCUCUGAUGUGGGCCGCAGCACAUGGGCAGAUAGCAGUGGUAGAGUUUCUGCUUCAGAAUGGUGCAGAUGCUCAGAUUUUGGGGAAAGGGCGAGAAAGUGCACUGUCAUUGGCCUGUAGUAAGGGAUACACGGAUAUUGUCAAAAUGCUGCUUGAUUGUGGAGUUGAUGUAAAUGAAUAUGACUGGAAUGGAGGGACACCUCUUCUAUAUGCAGUACAUGGAAACCAUGUGAAAUGUGUGAAAAUUCUCUUAGAAAAUGGUGCUGAUCCAACUAUUGAGACAGAUUCUGGUUAUAAUUCCAUGGAUUUGGCUGUGGCUUUAGGCCAUCGGAGCGGUGAGUAUUUAGAGCCCUUUAGGUUUGGCUAUUUUUAUUGCAGUUUGUUUAUGUAGUUACAGUAACAGUGCUUUACGGAUGUAAGAAGACAAAAGUCCCUGCCACAAAAUGGGUUAGAUUGCUGUUAGGCUGUUAUUUCCAGUUGAUUAUGGGCUAGUUAAACAUCUUAAUUAUGUAAAUGUUAAUUGACUAAACUCACGUUGUUUUAUUUGCUUGACUUGUGCUUUCAAAGUCCAUUAAAAUGUUAGCUCUAGCAGCAUGCGCUGUAUACAUCUUACAAUAUGUAAUUUAGAGGACAGACCUGGAUUGUUCAAGGAACUAGUAACAGGUAAGGAGUCUUUCACCUCUAGUUCAUGAGCUCAGGUCAAUAGUGAGAGAAAGACACUCCCAACUGUGCCUAAAGACAUGGCUCAAGAACAGUGAAUCUAAUUUAUAAACUCCUCUGUCAAUGUGGAGACAACUGUACCAGAGGGGGGAUUUAUUCUAGGAGAGCGCAGUGACUCUACCACCCCCAAGGGUUUGGUCAUAGGAAGACAGCGUUAAACUGUGUGUUGGGAUACACAGGAGCCCUGUCUGCUGAGGCUGCCCUCUCACUCCAGGCAGACUUUCAGCCUGGGUCCAGCUUUCUCUGAGAGGGGGACAUGGUUGUUUGGUUUUUUGGACACUUGGGCCAGGCCUCUGCUGUCAUGUACAUUAAAUAGCCACAGUAUUCUUGGACUUACCUCUGUGAACUAUUUUGAAAUUAUUUUUUUUCAUCUAAAACCGCAAACAUUCCCUGGGAGAGGGGGCAUUUCUUCCGGGGUCCUGCACGGUAGGCUGGAAAGUUUGGCUAUCCACUUUCACUCCUUGGGUUGUAUGGAGUCAAAAAGGGGCCUCUUCAGUGGUCACCCUGGCUUCUGAACCAUGUGAAAUCUUUGUUUGUUUUUUAACCCCUGAACUGAAUAAAAAAUAAGCCCACCCAUGCAUGUAACUGCUGAAAGCCCCUGGGCUUAUGUUGGAAUUGAUAACUUCAUGGAUCACUCAGAUGUGGAACCCAUAGGGGUUCAGCGUGUAAAUUCUGAACACUGAGGAAAAUCACUACAAAGUUUCCAACUGUGACUAUGAUUUUACCCCCUAGUACUCCCCCACUCUCCACUUAUAGAUUAGAAUCCCCCCAUGCCCUACCUUAACCUAUCCCAUCUGCAUUUCCAAACCAGGCCGCAGACCAUGGCUUCCCCCAUUCUCACUCAACAUACUGGCCCUCUGUUAGUGUAUUCGUUGUUUUGCAUUAUAUAAUGCUUUAAAUUUUCAUAGGUGAUGCAAAUCUGUAAUGCAUUAGUUCAUGUCCUGUACAAUCAUCUAAUCAAAAUAAACAAGUCAGCAUCUGGCAGUAAAAUACAACCACAGAGUGAUUUGGAAAUCAUUGAACAGUAAUUAACUAGGUUGUUUCUCCACUUUAGUUCAACAGGUUAUUGAGGCUCAUUUAUUGCAGCUCCUUCAAAAUAUCAAGGAGUAAUGGCCUGCUGUUAAUAGAAAAUUGUUCCAUGCCUGAAGAUUUGGAUUGUGUUUUAGCCCCACAAUCAGUGAUAAAGGCUUGUUAACUUAUUUAACUUUACCUCAGUGGAAAUAUUUUCUGGUUUUAGUACGAUUUUUAGUACACUUUCUUUAUGUAUUUCACUGAUGUUCAUAGAAAUCUGUGAUGAUUGAUCCUUUUGUAAAUGUAUUAUGUAAAUUUUAAAAAAAUUAAUCAGUGUGCUGCAUGAAAACCUUCAAUAAAAUAUAAUUAUAUCUGUGUAAAUGUUCACAUUAAGUACAGUAGUUGACUUUCUACAGAGUAUUCCACUAGGUUGUGUCAAUGAUAUGGUAUCCACAUAGACUUUGUUUUAGAUUUUUAGGUGUGUACCACAGAAGACUAGUUUCUUUAUUGUUUAUAGGACAAAAAAAAGUGCACAGUGUGUGAUUGUUUACAAAAUCUUAUGCAGUUGAAUUAAAAUACUUGGUCAGUA